CUUCAGUUGGCUGCCCAGCCACAUUCUUCCCGUCAAAUCGCCAGUUCAUCUCCUUCUCUCCUUGCAUCAUCUUAUCCUCAUCUUAGGCCUCAUAAUUACCUUUUGGCCACCGUUGACCCGAGCAGAUUGCAUCUGGUAUGGUCUUUGCAAGGAAGAUGACCCCGACCACUUUUCAUACUGCAGCUAUAACGGAACGGCUCUUCCACUUAAAGACUCGGUCGCUCUGAAAACCCUGGGGGAGGUCUGCCCUGACCUGAUGAUUAUGGACAAUCUCAAUAGCAUAGAGUUGUUGACCUGUUGUGACGCUAAACAGAUUUUUUUAUUCACUCAAUCUGUGAAAUUAGCCGAGAUCCUUUUUCAACGGUACUCUUGUGAAUUUUAUCUUGUCUUACUAUGUUUCCUAUAUUUGAUGAACCAUAUUAUUUAUUUGAAGAUAUGA